UGCUGGAACGCCACCAGCAGCGAUGCCAAGGUCCACCACGCCCUCUCCAGGCGACCAAAUAUCGGUUGCCAAGUAGUCAGGAAAGCGGGUAGGCUGAAGGUUCACGGUGCCUCCAACACUAUCGCUGUGUAGCCUGCGAAGAGCGAAGCUCCACCCGACAAGCUGGCACAAGCCGUCCGAAGCGACGCACUGUCCGAAGCUAAACCAGCCACAGACAGUGGACUCGGUGUGGCUCAAAUGCGUGUGGCAAGUAGGUGGUGAAAGACCUGCUGGAGAAAGCGGCGGCGACAAAUCCGAAGGAUAUACAUUUGCAACCUGCGGUGCAGAAGCGGCUCUGGGCUGCAGCACCCCUGAAGUGGGAGCCCAGGAGGUAGGAGAGAGGGGUCCUCAUCGAGAAGGAAGAGGAGGAGGAGAGGACAGAACAGGACCUACUCCAUGUAUGUAGCAGGGCGCUCCACGCCAGAAGCGAUACUACAGAAGCGAUACUGCCAAGCGGUAUAGCCAAAACCUGUGGUCUCCAGAUGCAGGCCCAGUUACCCCCAUCCAAGAACCAAGCCAAUCCUCGCCAGCAUGGGGGCGCGCCAGGGCUCAUAGAUCACUACGACCGUGCACACAAGUAAAAGCCUCAUCCCGUCCCCCACUACCACAACCUCUUCCACCGCAGACUCCAUUGGCAAAAACGGAGUCUGAGCAGCUUCUCGGCCAGCCAGGACAACCAAGGCAGCCGAGUAAGACGAUUUCUGCGCGCUGGGCUGGACAGACGGAUAGACGGGGGAUCGGGAGACCAAGCACAAAGGAGGGAGGAAGAAGAGGACGCCUCCGCCUGUAGUUUAGGCACACUGCAAAGAAACACCGACUGACUAGCACGUCUAUCGGCGGGAAAAUCUCGUCCGCUGCGACGGUCGAGUGCCUCCGCAACCAACUCCGAGACGCGAGAAGCUGGGCCCUCCGAGCAUGUGCCUCGCGCUGUGCGCGAAGUGCAAUACCUUCGCGCUCCCAGCCGACGGUCCGGCCCAGACCGCGCGAGGCGCGAAGAGCACGGCUAUCUUCGCGGGCAGCCCGCGCAGGGGCCCAGGAGAAACGACGUCGUCGUCGUCGUCGGAGCGGAGCGAAGCGAAGCGGAGCCCCGUUGGCCACCACGGCUCUCCGCGGCGCGCCAGCUUCACGGCUUCCGCAGUGAGGCGCAAGGCAGUGCAGAAAGGGUGCAGCUCCUUUGAAAUGCGGUGGGAGCAGGGGUCGCUGCUCAGGAGGUGCUUCGGCCUCCUGUGGGCCGAUAAAAGUGCACCAGUGCACCUGUAUGUGCGGGCGCAGCAAGUCACCGUUCAUAACAGAGCGGCCGCGGGAUGGCGAUGGGCGGAAAAGGCCUUCACCUUGCACACAAGCAGCCCUGCAAUACCCUACCCAACAAAAAACUGCGAGUGUCAAGUCACCAGCUGUCUGCAUAUAACCAAACAUCCUGCUGGUAUGGCACUCGAAGUAACUGCGGAUAUGGAUCGCCAACGGCAAGCAGAAUGAGUACAACAAGCCAAGAGACUCAACCGUACCCUGUUCGAGAGGCGGGGGCAAAGAGGAACCGCUG